AUGCUGCGUAUAGCAUACGAUGCCUCAGCACAUUAUAAGAAUUCACCAUCACUCAAUGAUGUCCUACAUAGAGAUCCCGUGAUACUUCCGCAAUUGUUCAGAGUCCUUCUCCGCUUCCGAAUAGGGCAAAUAGCUCUCAUUUUAGACGUAGAAAAAGCAUUUUUACAAGUACGGCUACAUGAGCAGGACCGUGACGCAACAAGAUGCUUAUGGCUCCGCAACUGCAAGUUACCCCCAACUACAAAGAAUAUACAAGUUCUCAGAUUUACAAGAGUAACGUUCGGACUCAUUACAUCACCCUUUCUGCUAGCGGCUACCACACACUUCCACCUAGAUCAGUAUAAGGAAGACCACGCAUUAGUAGAGGAAAUGAAGAGCAAUCUCUACGUCGAUAAUCUCAUAGUGACUGUGGAGACGGAAGAAGACGCUCUGCGGACUUACUUCAAGACCGAGCAGAUGUUCAAGGAACUCAGCAUGAAUCUCCGCGAGUUUAUGUCUAAUGAUACUAGUAUCGUGCACACGAUGGCCGACUCAGACAAGUCUAUGGAAAAGACACCUAAAGUACUUGGAAUUCCGUGGAGGUCGAACGAAGACCUACUUGAAAUAUCUUGCAAGAUAAUGGAACAAGAGCAAGCAACUAAGAGAAUUGUAGCAAGCACAAUAGCCAUGGUAUUUGACCCUAUGGGCUGGAUGUUACCUCUGCUACACAAGUCCAAGGUUUUCCUCAGAACAUUAUGGAGAGACAAGUUCGAUUGGGAUGCAGCGCUACCGCCAGACCGCAAGCUCGAGUGGCAAAGGAUAUGCGAAGGUAUGGACGGCUUCAAGAAGUUAAUCCCAAGGUUUCUUUCCAUGGAACAUCUUCUCUUUGCAAAAGGCAAACUACCAUCGCUCAAACAUGAAGCGACGAUACCCAAAAUGGAGCUAAACGCAAUGACCCUGGCAAUGCGGGUAACCAAUGCGGUACUAACACAACUUCAAUCGGUAAUGAAGUUUAUAUUUUAUUGA